AUGAGGGGUCGUUCUUCUUCUGCUGCCGCCGCUAGCGCCAGUCGUGAAAGGAGGAGAAGAGCAAACUCAACCUCGCCGUUGAAGGAUCGAACCAGAACCACUUCAUCCAAGUUAUCAUCGCCAUCCGAACUAACCUCUUCUCCCUCUGCUGCUACCACUCUACUCGAUCAUGAACCAAACGCUGCUAUCUUUGGUGAAUACUCUAACCCUAAUCCUCGAUCCUUCCCACACAAUGUUAAACAGAAAUGUUGGGAAAAAGCUGACAAGGUGAAAGGAAGGGACCCCGAUCGAUGGCGAAGGGAUCCUCUUGGGAAUCUUAUCUUUCGAAAGCUUGUAGGAUGCCCUGGGUGCCUCUGUCAUGAUUAUGAUCACAUUCUUCCUUACUCUAAGGGGGGCCAAAGCACACUAGAAAACUGUCAAGUAUUACAGGCAACAGUUAAUCGAUCAAAGGGUAAUCGAACAGAUAUCUCCAAAUCUGAUCUUAUUCAGAAGAGUUCUUAUUGCAGGGUUUCAGAUCGUGAUAUGGAUAUGCUGGAAUUGUCUGCUUUUGGCAAUGUUCGGCGUGGACAAGAUACCGGAGGAUGUAGAAUUCAAUGA